GUUCUAUACACACGCGCGGGUGCCGUCGCGAUGCCGUCAUCCAUCUACAUGUUUGGGAGCACUUCACGGGUUGACGACAAGGGAGGGAUGGUCUUGGAGCCCCACGCCGUGUCGGGCGAAGUGCGCCGGUCUGUACAUGGGUUGAUUCCGACCGGCAAGUCCAUGGCAUGGCAUUUUGAACCGAAUGGGUUGUGCUCGUUUCGUCAAAUCACGCGCGCCGAGCUGUUCAAGAUGAUCCGAGUCGCGUCGUCGUCAGGGACCGCGCCAAGACAGCGCAGCACUCGUCGAUCCCAUCUCGCAACGAUUCCGGCCAUUCAAAAGCGCGAUAUUCGACAACUCGACCAAGCGUACGUGGAGUCGCACGACCCGACCAUCGUCGUCCGGGACCAAUCCAUCUUGAUCCACGUUGAUACGAUUCGUGCGGUCGUCCUGCGCGACGCGUGCAUCGUGUUCGACGGCCCCCAUGACACAAUCGCCCUCGUCAAGGCAAAAUUUCGAGAAGUCAUGGGGGAGAAUCCCUCGGCACCGUUUGAGCUCUCGUCGUUUGAAGUUCUCUUGUCGACGCUCACUGCCCUCUACGCCAAGGCGUUUGACGCACUGCGGCCGGCGGCCGACGCAGCGCUCCGCGAAGUCGCCAACAUUGAACGUCCCCGCGGCGAAUUCGAGCAAGUUAAAGCGAUUCAAACGUCGUUGGCGGUAUUGGAAUGCAACGUGGUCAACAUGCGCCAGUUGCUCAUGUCGUUGCUCGACAACGACGACGACUUGCACAUGUUGUACCUGACCAAAGUGCACGACAACCCGUCGCUGCUUCAAGGCGACAUGACCUUUGACGUGGACGAAGUUGUGGCCAUUCUCGAAGCUCAGUUGCAAGACAUGUACGGGAUCGUGUCGCACAUUUCACUCAUGAUCUCCAACAUCCAGCACACCGCCCGCGUCGUGGACCUCAUGUGGACGUCCAAGCGCAAUUACCUCCUUCUCAUCGACAUGUCACUGCGAGUGAUGCUCAUGCUCAUGUACUGCACCAACUACUGGACGGGCGCGUUCGGCCAGAACCUCAAGUCGAACGUCGAGGAGAACGAGGGAUUGUUUUGGGGCACGUCGUUGGUCUGCACGGCAUGGACGUUUGGUGCGUACGGCGUCGUGUGCAAGGUGUUUCUCGCUCGAGGGCUGAGUCUGUCGUGGCACAAGCGAGUUUAAAUCGCAUAAGUUGAAUGGGUCGCUAGCCACGGGUACGACGUGCACGGGGGACCUGGCCAUUAUUGUCAGUACUUCCACGACAUGUUGAUGCCUUGGUGCUGGAGGAACUUGACGACGACAUGGUACCCCACAAUCACAAAGACCAGACAAACCCCAAACACGAUCCAAAAGAUGUAGUCGGUGUCUUGGAUGUGCGAGUUCAAGUUCAUCCCGAACGCCCCCACGACGAACGUUGGCAUGGCCAUGAGUGUCCCCAUCAACGUCAGACUCAAGUCAACGCUCAGCAAAAAGUUGCGCUUCGCAUCGAGCUUGAGCAUCACGAUGCUC